AUGGGCGUAGUUUCAACGUCGGGGAAGAGCUUCCAAAUAAUGAGGCAAAUGCCGAAGUUAAUUCCUCCAGCAAGACCAACCCCACGUGAAAUAAAGCUUUUAUCUGACAUUGACGAUCAAAGUGGGCUGCGAUGUCAAGUUCCCUUUGUAGGUUUUUACAGAAAAGAAGAGAAUCACGAUGGUGGUAAUAACAAGGAAGAUGAUCCUGUAAAGAUUAUCAAAGCGGCUCUGGCAGAGGCAUUAGUAAUUUACUACCCAUUUGCUGGGCGAUUGAUAGAAAAACCCGGAAACAAACUCGCGGUCGACUGCACAGGUGAAGGCGUGAUGUUUAUCGAGGCGGAUGCGGACGUGACACUGGAAGACCUCGGCGAGCUUCAACCACCGUACCCCUACUUUGAGGAGAUAUUGUACGAUGUUCCUGGCUCCAGCGGAAUUCUCCAUACCCCUUUGCUUCUGAUACAGGUAACCCGUCUCCGAUGCGGCGGUUUCAUAUUCGCCAUCCGCCUGAAUCACACCAUGUCAGAUGGUUGUGGGAUCGGCCAAUUCAAAAAGGCCGUCGCCGAAAUUGCAAGAGGAGCCGCCGUUCCGUCUGUAACUCCGGUGUGGAGGAGGGAACUUCUGAACGCCAGAGAUCCUCCCAGAAUAACUUGCAUCCACCCAGAAUACGAUGUCCCUGCCUCCUAUUCAACCGCAAAAAACCCGUUCGCCACGAUUAGUGACUUGGUCGAUACAUCCAUCUUCUUUAGCCCUGCCAAAAUCUCCGCCCUACGGACCUUGCUUCCGGCUGACCUCCGCCUCAAAUGCUCCGAUUUCGAUGUCCUCACCGCCUGGAUUUGGCGUUCCCGGACUCGCGCCCUCCAACCCGAUCCACAAGAGGAAGUCAGGCUCAUGAUUUCCGUGAACUCCCGUUCCCGAUCCAACCCGCCUUUGCCGGAAGGGUACUACGGUUGCGCAACCGCCUUACCGGUGGCGCUGGCCACGGCGGAAGGGCUGAUCGAGAACCAACUCGAGUACGCAGUGGAUCUGGUGAUGAAGGCCAAAUCACGAGUGACGGAGGAGUAUAUGAAGUCGGUGGCCGAUUUGAUGGUUCUGAAAGGGCGGCCAGGAUUGAUGGUGGCCUCCACGUUCUACAUAUCGGACUGGAGAAGGCUUCGGUACGACCAAAUUGAUUUCGGCUGGGGAAAACCGAUUUACUAUGGCCCGGCGAAACUUCGGCCACAGAUGAAAAUACUUUCCUAUUACACUUGGAAAAAGAACAAGCAAGGGGAGGAAGGAAUCAGUGUUUUCUUAUGCUUACCAAAAUUUGCCAUGGAAAAGUUUACCGCAGAUAUUGAUAGGAUUGGAGGGUGA